AUGGAUUCUGAAGAAGACUUAAGAUUAUUAAAUUUUAGCAGCGAGGAAGAUGAUAGCUAUCAAAAAUCUUUAAGCCAUUCUGAACUGGGAUGUGAAAGUGAAGCUUUUGAAAAAGCAAAUGUUAGCUUAGACUCAAAUAAAUCUGAUAAAGCCUUGGAUGAUGCAUCAUUUAAUGAUGACAAGUGUUUUUUUUCUAGUGUAGCAGAUCUUGAAGACAGGGAGCAUUUUUUUUAUUCAAAAGAAAGUUCAGACCUAAUAGAAAACGACAACUUGUUUACUGAAGAACAUAAAAGAAUAAAAAUUGAAAGUGAUCGAAGCACAGAGGAUUCUAGACAAUCUUAUAGUGUCAGCUUAGGUAGCCCAAAGGUUAGUGUUUCACAAGAAAAAAAUUUAGUUAAUUUACAUUUGUCAGUUAGCGAAAAUACUAAUUUUUCUCCUGAAAUAGGAUUUAAAACUGGUAAUAACAAAAAAAUUUUAGUUAAUGAGAAUAUUUUAAAAAGAGCACCAAAAUUUUCUUCGGAGUACAAAAAAGGACCGAUGAGAAGUUAUAAUUGUCCUGUUAAAGGGCAUGUUUCUUCUGAAAUCAACGAAAAAAAUAAAUAUUUUUACUUUUUUGAAAAGAUGAAAAAUGAAUUUCCAAAUGUAGAUACAGAGCUAUUAAAAAUCUUUUAUCGGUGGGCCUGGAUUAACUUGUUUUUACAAAAAAAUAUUAACUAUAGGUCUCUAAUAGUGAGUGUACAAAAUAAAUUAAAGACUGAAUAUUCUAUUUUAAGAAGGAUUAUUGAAGGAGAUGAUAUAAGCUACAGGUACAUGAUUCUUUUAGUUUUAUCCGUCAAAUCUAACACUUUAGAGGUUUUUGACGGGUUUUUUUGUUGCAAAAUUCAAGUCGAUUCCAUAAUUUCAAAACUCAUUGAAUCAAAAAAACUUGUAAUGGGGUUUAAAAUUAAAUUAUUUGGAUGUAAACUAUUGAUUAAUCACUAUACAUCAAUAUUAGAUUUAAAAGAAGAUACAGUGGUUUUAUAUGCAUAUUAUAAUUCGUUUCAGUUUUCUCUUUCUCAUAGAAAACUUGGAUAUCGAAAAAAGAUAUCUUUUUUAGCUAAAAUUAAAGAUUUAAAAAAGGAAGGAGGCAUUGUCAGUUGUUUAAAAGGACAUGUAAAAAGAAUUGUUGAAAGCAAAUAUGUUGUUCAAGUAAAAGGAUACAGAAAUUCUGUAGAAAAUUUAGAAAAAGAGUUGGAAAAUAUUCAAAGUCUUAUUGUAAAAACAAAAGAACACAUUACAAAUGAAGAUGUUAAAAUCAAAAAAUAUAUUAAGUUUAUUUUGGCUGAUGAUUCUGGAGAAUGUCUUAUUACAUCUUGGAUGUAUAUAGAUGAUUUGUUAAAAGAUAAACAUAUAAUGUUAUGCUACCUUAAGCCUGUAAAUUCUGCACUUGGGCUACAUUUAACUACAACAAAACAAACUUUUAUGAAAUUUUAUGAAGAAACCUAA